AUGUACAAAAGGGUAGCGAGAAAGAUAGAUAAUGUAGCAGAGGAAGAUUGGGGCACUAUUUUAACGUCCUUGGCUGACGGUUUGAAGAUAAGAGAGUCGGAUGAUCAAUUCAUUGGAGACGAUGAUGAUAUUUGUGAAAUUAGAAGUUCAUGGGAAGAAAACGGAACGAAGGAAUAUUUCGAUAAGAAAUUUGCAAAAUUGGCCGUGCCGCGUAGCCCUAUUAUCGGUAGCAUUGUGAUGAUUUGGAAAGGUUGA